AAAGUCAAUCCUGUCACAACUUAUACAAUCUCACUAUAACAUCUUUCUAAUUACAUCCAAAACACUAGCGAUCCACUCUUGCUCAUUUCAAUUCUGAUUUUUCAUCAUGUCUAAAGAAGUAAUUUAUCACACCGCACCCACAACCUACGCCGCAACAACCACUGUCGUGGAGGUGGGGCAUGAGACCGUCGAGCAGUCAGAUCGUGGAAUGUUUUAUAUUUUCGGGAAGAAGGAAGAAGAGACAAAAUUUGAUGACGAACAGCAAGUUCUGAAGGUUAAAUCGGAGAAGUUAAAGCAGGAUUUGCUCGACUUUAUACAGGGUCAUACGAAUUCCAGUGGUUCAAAUGUGAUCCAGGACAAGACAUCUGUACCAAUCCAGAAAUACAAAGAAGAAACUCAUGUUGUCCAAUCAAUGGAGAAAAAAGGUUUCAUCGAAAAGAUCAAAAGUGAUCACCAGGACAAGACGUCUGUACCAAUCCAGAAAGGCGAAGAAACUCAUGUUGUCCAAUCAAAGGAGAAAAAGGGUAUCAUCGAAAAGAUCAAAGACAAACUCCACGACAGCCCAAUCGAAAAGAUCAAGGAGAAACUCCCCGGCCACCACAAGAAGACGGAGGAGGUGCAUGGUGCUCAUCCACCAACACCUGCGGUGGUGGCACACGCCCAUGAAGGUGAGCAUAAGGAGAAAAAGGGUAUUUUUGAGAAAAUAAAAGAUAAAAUCCCAGGGCAUCAUCCAAAGAGUGAGGAAGAAAAGAAAGGAAAAUGAAACGGAAGAGCAUUUGUUACUUGAUUGCGAGGUCGCGGCUCAGGUAUGAGUGUGAUUACUUAUAUCAUAUGCAAAUGCAAAUGGAAAAGGUUAAGCAAAUGGGUUUGUGGGUUUAUAUAACGUUUUCUUUCUUUUGGCUUUUUGUUUGUUGUUUUUUUGGUGCUUCAAAAUAAGUGUUGUUUCAUGUAAUUUUUAGUUUGGUGUUUAUUUAUUUGGGUUAAUUAUAGAUGUGUAUUGUAUUAUAGAAUGUUAUAUAAUGU